UUUGGUGGAUCUAACACAACCAAUAAUGGUGGUGGGAUGUUUGGCAGCGCUAAUAACACGAACCCAUCGAACCCUACGAAUGCUUUUGGUGCAGCACAGAACAAUACUAAUGCGUUCGGGGCAUCAUCUAGCACGGGAUCUGGCGGAUUGUUUGGCAAUGCCCAAAGCAACAACAACGCAAACACCAGUGGAUCGCUUUUUGGUGCAAAGCCUGCAGCUACAGGAUUUGGAACAACUGGCAAUACAGUGACUGGUGGAUUUGGAGGUGCCGGUAAUACACAAUCUAAUGGACUCUUUGGCGCGUCUAAUUCUAACACUGGUACAUCAGGCGGACUCUUUGGAGCAAAGCCUUCAGGGUUUGGUACAACUUCCAACAAUUCUACAGCCCCAGCUGCUAGUGGAGGGGGUCUAUUUGGUGCUCAGAACAAUGCCCAACAGGGAACUACAAGUGGUGGUCUGUUUGGUUCACAGAAUAAUACUCAACAAGGUGGUCUCUUUGGUACCCAGAAUAAUACUCAACAGGGGGCCACAAGUGGUGGCCUCUUUGGUGCUCAAAAUAAAGCACAACAGGGAACUACUGGCGGGCUGUUUGGGGCUAACAACAACACUGCAACCUCUGGUGGAUUAUUCGGAGCCAAGCCAGCAGGAACAACCACAACUUCUGGAGGCCUUUUCGGUAAUACGGGCAGCGCAUCGAAUACCACUACUACAGGUGGUCUUUUUGGUUCCAAACCAGCUACAUCUGGAGGCUUGUUUGGUGCUAAUACAGCUGGUACUACUGGUGGGUUGUUUGGUAACCAAACGACGAACACCACUGGAGGCGGCCUUUUCGGUAACAAUAACCAAACUACAACAGCUGGAGGAAUUUCUGGUGGAUCGUUAUUCAGUGGCGGUGCUGUACAACAACAACAACAACAAGUACUACCGAAUAUCACGCCUCUCACCACUAUUGGUGAUCUACCCGAAAACUUCCGUAGAGAGGUGGAGCAAUUAGACCAAUACAUUCAAAACCAGGUUCAAAUAGCAGAGCAAUUGAAAGCUGAGAAGGACGAGCACAGCGAGGUCAUUGAGUCUAUUCCAAGAGACGUUGAAUACCUACAGAACAAAUAUUCUUACACGAAUCAGGCGUUGGAUAACGAUUUGAAAGUGUUACAAGAACUUCGAGCAGACACCGAUGAAGCACUGAAUGAUGCGGAGAAUUUCUUUGUUAUCCUCCAAAGGCUAUUGAACGCCAGCAACAAAACGUCAUCUCUAGAGAUCGAUCAGUAUUUCAAUAAGAAGGCUGACUUUUACAGAAACAAACUCGAAAAGUACUCACAGGCAUUGUCGGAGAUCGAUGCUGCGGUGGAAGGCAUAGAAAAGGAUUCCAUCAGCGAUGUUGGGGGAAUGAGCCUCGUUGUCAGCACAUUACACGAAGAGUACAGACUAUUCAUGGAGCUCGCAAACACCGUGGCUGAUCUCCACCGCAAAGUAAAG